UAUGGAUCCAAGACCCCAUCGGGGAAUGCUCGAAUCUUUAAUUGUAAACAGUGUAAUCGAGCAUUUACUAGAGAAGAACACUUAACUAGACAUACUUUAUCGACUCACAAUAAAUUAAAACCAUUUAUAUGUGGAAUAUGCUCACGACCUUUUUCAAGAAGAGAUCUUUUAUUAAGACAUGCUAAAAACUUACAUCAGGGUAGUGAAUUGGCAGUAAGCAGAUUAAGAAGAUCUUAUAAGAAAAAUAAAGAUGAGGUGGAUUCUGCAUCGACUUCUUCUCCUACUUCUUCUAACUCGGAGGUUGAUGAUAACAUAAGCUCUGCCACUAGCUCGACCACCACUACAUCAGCAAAUGAUUCCAAACCAAAAUCAGAUACUCAUCCAGAAAGUCAUAAACUGGAUCAAUAUGAAACCCCAGAGAAAAAACGAUUGAAAAUGUCAGUCAAUAUGCUAGUUAGU